AUGGCUGCAAUUACUGGUUUGGCGAAGUGCCUAGUGGAGACCAUUCGACUUCCCGGUAGCCUGUGGAAUAAGGAUGUACCUUGGAAACAUCAAUGGUUUGCUCAUCUGCUCAUUAUUGCAACAACAGCUGCGGCAGCACAAGCCGUACGCCACUGCCGCACGCUGUGGGUUCCUGCAGCAUCGUUCCACCGCGGACCAUCAUUUUCGCGUGCUUUGUGCCUCUCGCGCAUGCCCGUCUUGUCAGACCCUCCGAUAGACGUCAGUCGUCAGCUACAGUGCUGGCUGACCGGAGCUCAUUCUAGAAAUGCCGUGGAAACGUUAAGCAUACAAACAUGUUGCAUCGAUGGUGGACACGUGCAAAGCAAAAUGCGGCAGCACGUAACAGAGGCCCUAAUGACAAAAGGUCUAUUGGCCUUCCGUAAGAAAAAUCCUUGUCUCUGCUUUGCAGGAGAGUCUGCUGUUUUCAUGGUUAUUGCGCAGCAGCAAGCGAGUCACCCGUAA